AUGGCUUCUCAUCUUGAAACAAACCUUGCAUUACUACAAGAAUUGAUAAACAAAGAUCCGGAAUCGUACAAAGAAGAAUUCUUGGGCGAGUACAAUUUCUAUAUCAGAACAAUACAAUUAUUGAGGUUGCAACCGAAUUUGAAUCAUACGGAUCUGCAAUCACUGCUGGAACUGAUUAAUUUCUUGGCAUCUACUAGUAGCCACUACCCAAAAGAGAGUAAGGAAUAUGCAGCUAGUAUUAUGGAGAUUUUGAGUAGUCGACUGACUGGAAUUGACCCAGAGAUUCGUGUGGCGUUUUGUAAAGCUCUUGUUACCCUACGCAAUCGCAGAAUCAUUGACCCCUUAGCUGUUAUGGAUUUGUUUUUCACGCUUAUUCCUUGUGAAGACAAAAAUUUGAGGAAGUUCAUCUGCGGAUCAAUAAAGGCCUUAAUAAAAAAACUUACGCUGCAAUAUCGGGAUCAGAAGACACUAUGGAAAGUUCGAACUUUUUUGUUCACCAAGUUGAAGGACUCUCGAUCCAUUGUGGUGCGCACAGCUGAAUUGGUGCUUAUUGAUGGAUUUCGAAAAGGUUUUUUGAAAGAUGCUAAAACAGCAAACGCUUUGGCAGAUUGUUGUCUCCACAAAAUUUCGCGCAUUCAGGUUGCAGCAAUGCGGUUUUUCCUUGGCUCAUUGGAAGACGAUGAUUCUGAUGACGGUGAAAGUGAAAGUGAAGAGGAAGAUCAGAAAACUUUAAAAGAGAUUGUCGUUGCAUAUAAAGCUGCAAAAAAGACUCGUAAAAAGAAGGAAAGAUUCAUGAAGGCAAAGAAGCUGUUAAAUAAUAGUAAAAAAUCGAAAAAAGAAAAUGCCGGAAAAUUCUGCAAUCUGUUAGCAAUUCGUUACAUUUACGAUCCUCAAACAUUUGUUGAACGAUUGUUCGGUUUAUUGGAGAGCAGGAAGAAUGAGAAAUUCGAUACACGUCUUUUGUGCAUGGCGCUAUGUGCUCGAAUGAUUGGUACUCACAAAUUGCAAGCGUUAUCGUUUUAUUCUUACAUGCAUCGUUUUCUCCAACCAAAACAAAGAGAAGUUACCAGGAUAUUACUUUACGUAGCACAGGCUUGUCAUGAACUGGUACCACCGGAUAUUAUUGAACAGUUGGUAUAUGUUAUUGCCCAGAACUUUGUUUCUGAUCGAAAUACACCGGAGGCAGUGACAGUUGGAUUAAAUACUAUACGUGAAAUAUUCGCAAACUGUCCAUUUGCUGCAACGGAGGAUUUGCUUAGAGAUUUGACUGAUUACAAGCGCUUUAAAAACAAGAAUGUAUCCAUGGCGGCACGGGCUAUCAUCACUUUAUUUCGCGCUAUCAAUCCGAAACUGUUACAUAGGAAGGAUCGGGGAAGGCCAACACAAAAAUUGAAAGAUUCGAAAGUAGCUGAAUUUGGUGUUGAACAUCCGAAAGAAUUUGUUGAAGGAGCAGAGUGCUUACCAAUGGAAGUUGAUGCAUUUGACACUCGUCUGAAUGAUGGAAGCGAUGACACUGAUUCCGAUUUUGACACCGAAUUUGUUGAAAAAGACUCAUUAGGCUCAGAUGGCGAUAUGGAUUCAUGCGAUAAUCACGCAGCUGUAACUAAUAUUUGCACGGACAACGAAAGAUGUCUGAGUGAGGAAUCUUGUCAGAUGGGUGAACCGAAAACUACAUCUUCUGAGACAAAAAAAAAAGCAAGGCAAAUAUGUGAAGAUCGAAUAUUAACUCAAGACGAUUUCCGCAAAAUCAAUGCUUUCCGUUUGAAACAACAAGUGGGAUAUGGUGAGAAACGAAGGAACGAUGAAUUGAAAUUGGAAGAAGAAUUAGGAGAAAUCAUCGCUAGGCACAAUGAAGAAAAUGGUUUGACACGACUUAAAGACAUUGAAAAAUUCCACAAAAAAUUGAGAAAAGAAACGAAGGAGGAACGAAUGGAGGCGGUGAAGAAGGGCCGAGAGGGACGUCAACAAUUUGGAAAGCCUAAAAAGACGGGAGCACAUGUUGGACGUACGAACAGGGAACUGAUGAAACGGAAGAAUUUCCAAAUGGUGCGGCAUAAACUGAGAGGGAAGAAUCGCCAGAGGAGUUUUAAAGAACGUCAAGAAAGCUUGCGAAAAUAUCUUUUGCGUCAGGCGGGUAGGAAAGUCUGAAUGAGUGUUUUGUUUUAACGAAUGCGCCUUGUAUUAGUUAUUAAAAUAAGCCGUAAAAUGUGUC